GAGACAAUGGAGGCUCUCCAGAGGUCGGCCCAGGCGUGGGAAUCAAAAAGGUCUAAGCCGGUAGAGGAGGCCGAGGAGGGCCAAGAUGAAGAUGAGAAAUGGACUCUUCCAGACUGGAGAGCCCAGAAGGAGCGUCUUAAGGAGAAGUUUCCAGAGGGGUGGAAUCCUCGUAAGAAGCUGUCGCCUGACGCGCUAGCCGGCAUCAGGGCCCUCAAUGCCGAGUUUCCCGAUGUAUACACAACCCAGGAGCUGGCCAAAAAGUUUGAGCAAUCUCCUGAAGCUAUCCGCAGAAUUCUCAGGAGCAAGUGGACGCCGACGGCCGAGGAGGAGAUUGACCGCCAAACGAGGUGGCAUAAGCGGGGCUUGAAGGUCUGGAACCGCUGGUCGGCCCAGGGCAAGAAGCCUCCGUUGAGGUGGCGGUUGGAAGGCAUC